AACCCCCACCAAACCCACAAACUAUUUGCAACUGGAAACAGGCCAAAAGUUUCUCUGUGGCAUGACUAUCCCACCUUACUUCUGGAAGUAGGAAAAAAAUCAGUACUUUUGGCUAAAUCCAGCUGACCAAAUCCUGAUUUGCUGUAAUUAACAAUAGAGACAGACAGGUUUUGAAGUAAUCAGUGCAGAGUGCAUUCUUCUUUUGAAAAAAAAUCAUCUGUCUUUCCAUUGGCAGACCUCUGUGGUUUCUUUUCCCCUUAUCCACUGCACAGAUGAAGACCAGCUAUGACAGAGGCAAGUCAUCCAAACCCCAGGCUAUCAAAUCAAAUGAGCCAAUUCCCUCCCUCCACUCCACGAAUGGCAGCCACCAUGAAAAACAAACCACCCAAAGCACCUUGAGACAGGCCCUUCCCAGGAACCAUGGAGAAAAUGUGAUGCCAUCCCGGGCAGAAAACACCUUGCCUGGCUGGAGAGAAGCUCACAUGUCAGAUGUCUGCAAUGGCAACUUUUCCCUGGGACAUAUUUCUGAAGAAGUUGGCUGCAAGACCUCAGAGAAACUUCCCCACCAAAUGACCAGUGUGAACAGGAACAAGGAGAGGGUGUUAAAGAAAGUCUCAACUACAGAAGAAGUAAGAGAUAAGCCCAAGGAUUCUCCCUCCAGGGGGCUUUUCACAUUUUGGGAAAACAAAGUUAACAACAGCAACACAAAGAAUACCUUCAAAAAGCCACUGCAGAAGUUGUCUGUGACUGCGGGAAGCUGCUCUCCAGCCCUCCUUCCCAAGGAAGGGCUCAGCAGCUUGGAAGAAAAGCAGCUGGCUAAAAAUCCCCGGAGAAAGACCAGGAGAGACCUCUUCUCUGACUCAAAGGUUUUCAGCCACGUAGACACCCAUGUCCUACAAGUGAGCCAGCAGCUGAAGUCUGGCCACGCCAGUUUCUCUGUCCAGGCCAUCGUUCCCCUGAUCACUGCCAAAUCCCAGAGCAAACUGGAGAUGGUGCGGGCAAUAUGGUUCUGGCUCUGCCACAACAUCGAAUAUGAUGUGGACGGCUUCUUGGGGCUGUCUCAGAAGAUCCACAUGCCAGAGCAGGUCCUGCAAACGGGAAGAGCUGUGUGUUCUGGUUAUGCCCAUUUAUGCCGGGAAAUGUGCAGGGAGGCGGGUUUGAGUUGCGUGGAGGUCCCUGGGUUUGGCCGAAGCCUGGGAUCCCGUGGAGGACGGUGGUGCCAGCAGCAGAAGAGCAGCCACAUGUGGAAUGCGGUGGAGCUGGAAGGACAGUGGUGGCUCCUGGAUGCUUGUUGGGGUGCAGGGACUGUGGAUGCAGAGAGCAGGUUUUUUGUACCCAGGCAUGAUGAUUUUUUCUUCCUUACUGACCCCGAGCACUUCAUUGAGACACACUGGCCAGAGGACCCCCAGUGGCAGCUUCUGCAGCCCCCUGUCUUGCAGGAAGACUUUGAGCAGAGAGUUUUUAAAACUUCAGAGUUUUUCAGACUCCAGCUCUCCCUCCUUUCUCCAAACACUUCUCUCCUCAAAACAGCCCAUGGGGAGGUGUCAGUGAUGCUGGGGAGCACCCACCCAACAGAGUUCACUUACCAGCUCUCCAAGCUCCAGGGCACCAUAACUGGAGAGGAUGUAAGCGCAGUUCAUGGGAUGAUGACAGUGUCCGAGAACAACAUGACCAUCAAGGUGACUCCCCCAACUGAGGGCUUGUUUGACCUCAUGAUCUUCGCGCGCCACGCUGACUCUCAGGACCCAUACAACUGGGUAUGCUCCUAUCAUAUCCAAUGUUUGGAGCCACGCAAUGGAGAGAAACUGCCUGAAAACCCAUUUCAUUUCUGGGGCCUUCACCAAAAGAUGAGAGAUUUUGGCAUCAAGGAGAGCAGCCACAAAGGGGAGUUGCUUGUUGCUCCACAGGGAACUUUGCUCUUGACUCUCCAGACAUCCCGACCCUUGCUUGCUAUGUAUGAGCUGGCUAAUAAAGAUUUAGAUGCUGCUCUGAGCAAGAAAUGCUUGGCUGCUCAAGCUGAGGAGGAGAAAUUGAGUUGCCACGUGCUCUGCCCUUUUGAGGGUUACUACCGGCUCUCCGUGUUUGUGAAAGAUUUAGGAGGCAGUACCUUCAGGAACACGGCCAAUUUCCUCAUUCGUUGUUUGAGGCCCGUGAACCAGAACGAACUCUUCCCCUCGGGGCUGAGCAUGCACUGCGGGAGCGGGAUCAGCUCCAAUAGCCAUGGUCUCUCCAACCCCAGCCACUCUUCCCCCAUCAUCACCACCAAACUAGGGAAGUGCAACAUCACCUUCCACGCGCCCGCUGACAUCGAGGUGACCGCCAGCUUGAGUAAGGACAGAGUCAUCAGCACCAAGUAUCCCCUGGAGAGGAUAUCCAGAUACUUGCUGGGGCCUCCUAUCCCACUCAGAGAUGUUGCCGCCGUUUAAAUCAGCACCAACAUAUGGAAGGCUCCUAAUAUUUUGCUUCUGUCAGAGGAAACCAUUGUUCGGCUUCUCUACAGGAAGGAUGUCUCACUGCUUAUUACCAGCUUGAAUAAUUGUUUGGAAUGUUUUAUUUGACAUUUAUUCAAGAACUUGGAAACCCACAUAGUUUCUUUCUCUUGAGAGGAUAACAACAACAACAACAAAAAAAAAACCAACAAAAAACCCCAAAAACCAAAAGCCCAAACUGGAGCCAAUAGCUUCAGAUGGUAGCAAGAUUUUUAAAAUGUAAAUAUAUAGUAAACCAGCUAAGACCUCCUUGCGGAGAGGCUCUGUGCUUUGGCAGAGGAAUGGGGAAAGGAGGAGAUGCUGUAUUUUAUCAUCUGUGUCUUUAAAAUAUCUUCCAGGUUUUUCUUAUCAAGGAUGACAUGUAGAUAUAUAUUUCAGAGCACUGAGGGCUUAGAACAAAGAGAAGGAGCAGGCAAGGAAGCAGCUCUGGAGCCAAAUCAUCUAAUCACUGAACAGAAAGUACAGGCAACUCUGCUGUUAAACUCUGACGCAUGCUGCACAGCACCACAAACAUCAAAAAAAUACCAAAAGCAAACUCAACUUUCAUACUUAGGUGGAAGACCAUGACUAAAAGAUACACAGUGAAAAUACUUCUCCAUGCCUGCACUGAACUCAUGCUUGAAACAGGGAUUCCAGUGACAAUAGUAAAGAACAAGAACCAUGGGUUAUUUUCAGAUGCUGCACAACAAGGUGGUGGGGGAAGACAGUCUGCUUUCUUCAGGUUUGUCAAUUUAAGUUUCACUUGUAACAGAAGUUCAAGUAGGUCUGAACCUUUUCUGGGCCUGAAAAUCAGAUAAUGCAGCUAAUGUAUCGGGAUACACAUUUCACACCAAACUUGCUGGAACCAUACUGACAUGUUAGAAGAUUCCCUGAAGAUCAAAGUACAAGGACUACUUUGAAUUAAAGGAAGCAAUUGCAGUGGUAGACGUAGGCUAAACUCUUGCGUGUGGUGCUAGAGAACAAUUUAAGAAGUACAGCUCCCUGGAUCUUCUCUUCUAAUCCAUGUUCUGGCCUCCCUAUACUGGGCCAUCCUCUUGGAUGGAUAUGGGAAAGAGAAGCAUAAUUUGACUCAGUUCCCUUGUGUGUCUUUCAGAAUGAUGAUAGACACAAAAAAAAGUCUGCUCCCUGUGAGCCUGAGCAGACAACCCACAGCCCAGCCCCAAAAGUCAGAGCCUGGAAAGCUGCUGGCAGUCAGUGUUGUCUUCUGAACAACCCCCACCAGCUGAGUAACUUUGAACACACCUUCCAUGACCAACAGUCUUCUGACCAUCCCCUGAGCAAUGGGGAUGUUGCUGUGCAACUCUCCACACCUCCUCAAUGCUUCCCAACCUGCGCAUUGUCCACGGACAGCACUGAUGGUGAAAUUAUAUCUGCAGACCCAGCAGGCUCCCAAAGACUGUGUUUUUGCUUGUGUUUUGUGGAAACACUUUGGCUGGGUGAACAAAAAUGAGUGACAAGUGAAAUGACUCUCAGUUCCCACUGCCAUCUUCUUCUCCAUGUCCUUUUCUUUUCCAGUCAGUUUUGCUGUUAACGUUCCUCAGCUGUGCCUCUCUGACACUCUUGAGCCACUUUACGUAUCUGUGUGUACACACAUGUUGUUAGCUGAAAUUGUCCCAUCUUUGCCCAAAUUUAAGCAGGCAGGUCAUGAUCACAUGCCUCUAGGGAAAACCCAACUUCCAGCUCAGUGAUUAAUUCCUCUUUAUCCAUCAUAAUGUGGUCCAGACUAGAAUUACCUUGAAUUGGGGUCCAAACAAUUUAUGUCAGAUUAUAAUUACCUGGAGGUGCUGAGAACUUUAAUGAUGCUCCCACAAGGGAUUUUUUACUUCAAGUAUCUGAAGUCAAUCUACUCAUAUUUCCUCUCUGUGCAUGCUCGGGUAUAGCAUGUAACCUAUUUUAAAUGUCUUUCUUAUUUAGAUUUACAUACCUCAAAGCUUGUGCCCAGAGCUCUAGGAGCCUUUGCAAUAAACAUGAGCACCAACUCUCCAAAAAUAACAGCCUUGGGGCAAACGCCACUUAUGAAAAAACAACAAUAAGCAAAAGAGCAAACCUUUAUGCCUCUCCUCCUCUCGCCCCAGCAGGAUUAAAUUAGGUAAAGACAGAUUACAACACAUACCUGCAGCUAUAGAACACACCUAGUUCUGAGCAAACUUAGUUCAAAAAGUCAUUAGGAGACCUCCAGGCAUGCACCAAGCUGUGGAUGGCCAAAAACAGAACAGGAGUGUGGUGGGUUCACCCUGACUGGACACCAAGUGGCCACCAAAGCUGCUCUAUCACUCCCUCUCCUCAGCUCAGCAGGGGAGAGAAAAUACAAGGAAAAGCUGGUGGGUCAAAAUAAGGACAGGGAGAGAUCACUCAUCAAUUACAUCACAGGGAAAAUGGACUCAACUUGGAGAAAUUAGUUUAUUACUAAUCAAAAUCAGAGUAGGAUAACGAGAAAUCAAACCAAAUCUUUCCCCCUACCUCCUCCGACUUCCCAGGCUCACCUUCACUCCCCAUUUCUCUACCUCCUUCCCCCAAGCAGUGCAGGAGGAUGGUGAAUGGGAGUUGUGAUCAGUUCACCACAUGUUGUCUCUGCUGUUCCUUCCUCCUUUGUGGGAGGACUCCUCACACAUUUCUCCUGCUCCAGGGUGGGGUCCCUCAGGUGGGAGAUAGUCCACCAAAUGCUGUGCCCAGAAUCUUUGGCUUUACACAUUUCCCUGUGCUGUGCCUGUGUUUUUCUUGUCAUUAGUGUGAAUUAUGUUAAUAAUUGUUUACGCUGAAUGUAUCCAGUGAUUCUGUACUGUUGAGGUGCCCAUGAAAAUUGUGUUUUCUUCGGCUUCUUCUUGUGAUU